AUGCCGUCAAUAGUUGAAAAGUCUGUGUUUGGUUCUGGAGGGAAAACAAUAAUUGCACUAUCUUCAGAUGGGAAAUACUUAUGUGCAACUAAUAAGAAUGGCAUGACCAAGAUUUUACAGCUUGAGAGUCCUGAAGAAGAGCCCGAUGUCUUGGAAACAUGCAAGAAUCCUACCUCAAUGGUUUUAACUUCGCCUUCAAGUUGCAUCAUAAGUACUUUGAAGGGAGAUGUACAUUCUUAUGACACUGACGAAGAAAAGUAUCGUUUACUGCUACGAUCUGCUUUACCCGUUCGUGACUGUAUUCUAGUGCAUGGCGGGAAAACUCUGGCUGUUGGUGGUGAUGAUUUGAAAUUAUCGCUUAUUGAAUUGGACGGGGAUCGUAAGAGGACUUCUGUUGAUGUAAGUGAUCAGGUUAGCCAACUGUCAUACAAUCCUCAAAUGAGCAUUCUAGCUGUCUCCUUGGUGAAUGGCUCUAUCCAUUUCUUUUCAAUGACUUCAGCUAGACCAAAUGAAGUGCAUGUACUUUCCAAAUACACAGUAAGUCAUUUUUAUAAUGAUGAUUUCCUGGACCACCUUCCUUCGGUUGCCCCAUCUCAGUCAACUAAUGAGGUUGAUGGCGUCAAAGAUUUAGAAUACUGCGUGGAUAACAGGCUUUCUACGAGAGUUGAAUGGCAUCCAUAUGGAAUGCAGUUUGCAGUGCCUGGGGAAGACAGUUCGGUCAAAAUAUUCAACCUCAAAGACUACUCUUUAAUUAAAUCCCUGAAACCUGCCGGAACGACGACUCAUAUUACGGCUGUGAAGUUCAGUCCAAAAACAGGAGAAUACAUUGCGGUUAUCGAUCUUAAUAACAAGCUGACUAUUUGGAAUGUGCAGACAAGCGAAAUACAUUUUACAAAGGAAUUGAGUUUCAAAAUCACGAAUAUCUGUUGGAAGCUUCAUCAAAACGACAGUUUAGAUCUUAUUUUGGGUACUUGGACUGGUGAUGUUAUCUUCAUUCCUGCGGUGAGCAUUAUUUCUCAGCAGUCUACCAUUGAUGAUCUAGGUAAUCAGAAAGAAGCUGCUCAAAGUUUAUUUGUUGACUCUGAUGACGACGCAAUCUCUCCAAAAGUUACUGACUUGGGCGAAACUGGAGAGAGAAGAUACAGCUCUAACUCACAGGAUUUAUUCACUGAUAAUGAAGAGGAGGGCAAAAAAAGGAAACUCUUCCAUUAUGAUGAUGAAGAAGACUUCAUAGAUGACGAUGAUGGAGCAGGUUACGUUAGCGUUAAGCAACAUAAAUCCAAUGCUUCAAACCCUCUUCCACAAUAUGGUUUUCCCUCUCAUAGAAAACCUCAGUUCUCAUAUAAACCCUUUUCUCCUGGCGCAACGCCCUUCGGAAUCGGUGACAGGCGGUAUCUCACGAUGAAUAAUGUUGGAUAUGCAUGGACCGUGCGCAACGGCAGUAGUUCUUCGUCCUCUCACAAUACUAUCACAGUCUCCUUUUUUGACCUAGGACGCUUUAAGGAGUAUCACUUCGAAGACUUAUUCGGUUACGACAUUUGUUCUCUAACUGACGAUGGAUCUUUGUUUGCGCAAUCGAAAAUGGGGCAGAUACAUUAUAGGCCCCAUAAUGGAUUUCAUUCAACAUGGACGAAAAAGAUCCCUUUGCAAAAAUCUGAGUGCAUUACUAGUGUCGCUGCAACACCUCGAAGGGUUAUUGUGGGUACUUCACACGGCUACGUUAGAAUAUUCAAUCAGUUUGGAGUGCCGUUGGCGCUUGAAAAAAUGUCACCCAUUGUCGCAAUAGCUGCCCAAGACUACAGAAUCUUUGCAGUUCACUUUUCUCCACUUCAGGGACUCAGUUAUUCUUUAUUCGAACAAAACCCUCGAUCGACCCAUAAUUAUUAUCAGCGAGAAUCUUCUUUACCACUUACCAUGCCAGAAAAUAAUGGGAAUGUUAAAGAUGUUCAUCAUAAUUUUUCAUCUUUUAAUCCGCUAGGAAUAAAGUCGAUCUUUUUUUCUGCUUACGGGGAUCCCUGUAUUUUUGGAAGCGACGAUGUUUUGCUAGUUCUCUCUAAGUGGAGAUUUCCGGCGCAGAGUACAUGGGUACCACUUUUAGAUGCGAGAUUCGAGAUCUGGAAAAUGUCUGGCGGAAAUGAAUCUAACGAUUUGCAUGUUUGGCCCUUGGGACUCACCUACGACACGCUUAACCAUAUCCUAGUUAAGGGCAAAAACAUGUGGCCCGAGUUUCCUAUGCCACUUCCUUCAGAAAUGGAAAUUCGGAUUCCUCUUCUGGCCAAGGACCAGAUAGAUGUUAGUGAUGAAAGCGAGUCAAACGAAGUUGUCAUUCCUACAAAUAUAGCUGCAGAAGAGGAGUUUCUGCGAUCCAAGAUUCUCGCGCAGCUAUUAAAUGAUACCUUGAGCCAUGAUGGAGAAUUAUAUGGAAAUGAACAUGACAUCCUAUUAUCCCUAGCGGGUGCUCAUGAUAAAUCUCUAUUGAGGCUGUUUGCGAUUGCAUGUUCUGAUCAGAACAAUGACAAAGCAGUGUCAAUAGUUCAGGAAUUAAAACAAGAUAAGGCAUUGAAUGCAGCUGCUAAAAUAGCCGAGAGGGCUGAACUCACGUCCUUGGUGAAAAAAAUUGAUAACAUAAGAGAGGCAAGAUUUGAGCAGCAACUCAACGGAGCGUGA